GUGUGGGUUAAAAAUUUUUUUAAUUUAAUUAGAGUUAUUUUUUUAAGUAUAGAUUUUAUUUUAUUUUAUUAUGAUUAUAGAUUUUAUUAAACUAAACGGUAAUGAAUAACUUAAUUGCAUUAACUUAUGUAUUAAGUGGUACCAUUCUUUUUUCAAGUGGGACCUACUCUUAACACUUUAAGAUCAAAAGGAUUGAAAAUGUGCAAAGAGUCGGCUCUGGUGAAAUGGAAGUGUAGAGAGCCGGCUCUGGAAGCUACAGCAGGCUUUACGGGUAAAGAUUUAAAGUCGGCUCUAAGCUUUGCAGCCGCUGUGGAAAAAAACAGAAUGCGUAGGAAUCCCGCAAAGCCGGCUGCAGAAAUGGUGAGCCAGUUGUACAGAGCCGGCUCUCCUGACAAUCCUGCAACUCGAGCUUUGCGUCCUGCAGAGCAUUAAAUGACUCCCAACGGCUAGUAACGGCUAUUUUCGACCAUAGAAUUAUAAAUAUGGUUGGUAGAAGAUCUGAAGGAGGUUUAGAGAGCAUUGCAUUGAAUAUCUUUAUCUACCUGCAUGAGUUUUAACUUGAGUUUUUGAUCUUGGAGAGAUCUUUACUUGUAAUCCUCUUGUUCUAUUUGUGAGUGAUCUUAGGGGUGUGAUUAAUCCUUCAAGAGUGAUUUGUAGAGAGGAUUCUUGAAGUUCAAGUGUAAAAGGAUGAGAUUUGAGAGAAACACCCUUUUUCUUGUAAAAAGAUUGAGUGACUCCUUUAAGCUAUCCUUAUUGUUGUUAGUGGAGAGUAUGGAGGAAAUCAUUGGUGAGUGAAGCUAAGGUAAAGGAUUAGGUUCCAAGUAGUUGGACUAAACCUCUAUAAAAUCAUUAAGCAAGC